AUGUCGCAAUAUACAACCAGUGAAUUUGAUUUAUUGAUUCAGAAAGCUACUAGUGAAAGUAUCCCUAAUGGGGAAUUAGAUCUUCCUGUAGCAUUAGAAAUAUCUGAUAUAAUCAGGUCUCGCAAAUUAAAACCAUUAGAAUGUAUGCGAUGCUUGAAGAAAAGAAUAGGCUCAACAUUAGGGAAUCCAAAUACACAACUUUCUUCAUGGAAAUUACUUGAUGUAUGUAUCAAAAAUGGUGGCACUCCAUUUAUUGUUACUAUCUGUUCAAGAGAGUUUAUGGAUACUAUUGAACAUACAAUAAUUAGAAUGUAUGAUAACAGACAUAUAUCAGGAGAUGAUGAACUGUAUGAACUUGUCACUAAGAUAUUCUAUGAAUUAUACCUUGCAUUUAAGAGUGAUUCUCAACUACAUUAUGUGUCUACUGUGUAUUCUAAAUUGACGUCACGCGGCAUCAAAUUCCCUGAACAUCUUGUGGAUACUAACUCUCCGAUGAUUAUGUUUGAUUCAAAGACACCAGCAGAUUGGGUAGAUUCUGACGCAUGUAUGAUUUGUUCCAAAAGAUUCUCGAUGAUAAAUAGAAGACACCAUUGCCGUUCAUGUGGUGGUAUCUUUUGUCAAGAACAUUCUUCUCACGUCAUCCCUUUGCCGGACUUAGGGAUCACUGAAGAAGUCAGAGUUUGUGAUAAUUGCUUUGAAGAUUAUGAUAUGAAGAAACGUGGCAAUGGAGGUGGAAGCGGUAGUAAUAAGAAAAAACAUAGUAGAAAACAUGGUAAGAAGAAUAAGAACAAUGAAGAUGAUGAAGAUGAACAAUUAAAACGAGCUAUUGAAUUAUCAUUACAAGAGAGUAAUACGGGAAGUACAGAACCUAUCAUCCCUGUAGUAGAACCCGAAAAUAGUACCUAUGAAACGGAAGAUGAUCAAGAUCUGAAAGCUGCAAUUGAGGAGAGUUUAAGAGAGGCAGAGGCAGCAAAAGCUAAGAAUAAUAACUUUCAAAAAUCUCAACAGACAACUUACCCGCAAUUUCAACAACAACAACCUAAUAAUGAUCUAACAGCUUCGGAAGAGGAAGACAUAUACAUGUUUGCUUCGUUAGUUGAAAAAAUGAAGACCCAGACUGUUACCGAUAUUUUAGAUGAUGUACAAUUACAGAAAUUAUACCAAAAAGUUGUUGCUACGAAACCAAAACUCAAUCAUUCACUAAAUGAUAAAAUAAAUAAAUAUAAUACUUUGAUUGAUAUGAACGCAAAGAUUUCAGAUAUUAUGAACAUAUACGAUUCAUUAUUGGAACAACAGUUGAGGAAAAUCAACAUUUCUCAACAGUACAAUUUAGCUCAACAACCUUCUGAUCCUUAUGCAAUUACACAACAACUUCCUGCUCAUCCACAACCUGCCCAACAUGCUGUACCUCAAGUUCAGUCUGUAAUGAAUGAAACCGUUAUUGAGCCACACGUUCCUGUGCAACCAGUUGCCAAUCCACAACAAUAUGUUCAGACACCGGUUGAAAAUAUCUCUCAACCAAUCUUACCUUCAGAACCCCCAUAUCCCGAGGAGAAUGAAUUUUCUCCUAAAAAGAAUGAAACCCAACAUGCAGAGCCAGAAGCUGACUUAAAUAGUGGAAAACCACCUUAUCCUAUAGAAGCUAAUGAACAGACAGCAACACCCAAGGAAGUCGAUACACCUGCUAACAUUGUGACAUAUGAUUUCCCUGCUGUUCCUGCUAGCAAGUUGCCUCACACUACGACAACCAACAGUGUUAUGAACGAUUCAGUUCCCGUUGGAAAUAAAAUAGGCGAACUAGAAGAAGAGGAACUGUUACUUGAAUUGUAA